AUGACCGCCCACAUUUCCGCCAAGAGAGAAGAAGAAAGAGCAGAAGAACUCGAUCAGCGGCAACGGCGACACGCGCGAGAAGGAAGAAGCGAGACAGCGAACGAGGGCGUGCUGGCGAAGGCUGGCCGACUAUUGCACCGGGCACUGCCUGCCGCGUGGAAGGCUCUCGAGAGGAGACAGUUGGAGAUGCUUCUUCCCAAAUACAUCUUCGACGAUUCGAUAUCCGAAGACACGUUGCUCGGCAUGAAGAUACUGGAGUUCCGAAACACCCCGAGGGAGACUCUGGAAGCACGGCGAGACCAAAUCGACGCGCGAUUGAAGGCCUUCGCCGGCUCUGUUGACCCUUUCGCCUUCGUGCGCGAAGAUAUCGAGAGCCUGGAUCUCAGCCUGCUCUCUUCAGUUCGCUCGGCAUAUCCGGAAGUUUCUCCGGUGGCACGGUAUCUCCUUACGGCCCCGGGCAAGCGUUUCCGGCCGGUUUUGCUACUGCUUCUUCGCCAAGCCUUGCUGAACCUUCCCGUUCUCUCCCGGGCGGAACCGGGAUCGAAGGCCGACUCCCCGCGAAGCGUCUCGUCUCUCUCUCCGGGCUCUGCGUCUCCGCUUCUGUCUCGCGGCUCUGCGGUUCACACCGCGGAGAGCGAAGCUAGGAGAAAAGACGGCCUGGAGCUGUGCAUGGUUCACGUUGCCGAACUUAUUCACACAGCCAGGAACGGGAUCGUGGCCAUGUGCGGAUCGACCGAGGUGAUGAUGCGGAUGUCCAGCGUGAUCGAGAGCCUUGUGAAAGGCGAGCUCAUUCAGGCUCUCAGCGAUCCCAGGCAAAACUUAGAAAACGCACUGCGGAUGUACCUCACCAAGACCUACCACAAGACAGCGUCGCUUAUCGCGGAAAGCUGUGCAUGUCUUGCAAUCCUAAUGGGGCUGCCCUCGCGCUGGGUCAGUUGGAGUGCCGACUUUGGAGCAUGCGUCGGGAUGGCUUUCCAGCUAUACGACGACGAGCUAGACUUCACUGCGUCUUCUGCGAACCUAGGCAAGCCUACCCUCAGCGAUUUGCGAUCGGGGGUCAUCACAGCUCCACUGCUGAUGGCAGCUCUGGAGGAGGAAACUGGCGGUAUUCCGGGAGAGCGCGGAGCACGAGCGAUUCUGGAGAGACGGGCCGACGGAGACGGCGACGUCGAAAAGGCCAUAAAUCUGAUUUUUGCCGGUGACGCCAUGCCCCGUGCUCAGCUGCUGGCGCGGCUGUAUGUACACCGCGCCACUGAGUUGCUCGAGGAGUUGGUCGCGGAAAUCACGCCUUCGCUUGCGCGCUUGGAGGGCAAUGCUGCUGCGCCGGCAGCCAUUCCUGACGCCUGCCGAGCUCUCGCCGCUCUCCUUCAGGCCACUCUCCAGCGACGCUCCGGCUGA